GCAACGGAUGGCGGCGGCCAUCGAUUCUCUCGGUUUACCUUCCCUCCCCAGCCGCUCGCCGCCCGGUUAGACGCACCACCCCGGGGGCGGGCGGGAGGACGCAUGGUUACCACCACUACCUGCCGCCUGCUCGCUAGGGCGCGGCGUCCUGCGGAGGCUGUUCCUCAGAGAGGAGGGAAAGGGGUACCGCUAAUCCCCGACUGCCGCCGCCCCCCCUCUCCCCCCCAUCCCGGUCCCAGUAGUCCUGGUCCCGGUGCCCGCCGCGCUGAGGUGAGCCGCGAGGCUCGGGGCCCCUCCGUGCUUUCUCAGUGUGCCCGCCCCACGAUUAGGGCGGCCCGGGGCCAUGGAGCGCGCUUUCACGCCGCUGGACUGCCUCCUGCCCGCCGGAAACCUGAAGUUUUGCCUUCUGAUUCUGAACCAGCCUUUCAGCAAAGGUCAUUUUCAUUGUCUGUGGAGCAGAGCUGCACUGAGAGCUUGUGCUGAUGGAGGUGCCAAUCGGCUCUAUCACAUCACAGAAGGAAGCCAGGACAGCUUCUUGCCUGAUUACAUCAGCGGUGAUUUUGAUUCCAUUCAGCCUGAAGUCAAGGAGUACUACAAGGUCAAGGGAUGUGAGUUAAUUGAGACCAUGGAUCAGGACCUCACGGAUUUCACCAAGUGCCUUCAGAUACUCCAGAAAAAGAUAGAGAAGAAGGGCCUCCAGAUCGAUGUGAUUGUGACUUUGGGUGGACUUGGAGGACGCUUUGACCAAAUAAUGGCAUCAGUGGAAACGCUUUUUCAUGCAACAAAUAUCACUCCUUUUCCAGUGAUAGUUAUCCAGGAGUGCUCACUGAUUUACCUGCUUCAACCUGUCUGUGGCAAGUGCUGGCCAGGUGCCUGGCGAGCACUGACUCGAGCCCCUUCUGCCUUGCAGGGCAAGCACAAGCUGCGUGUGGACACGGGACUGGAAGGUGCCUGGUGUGGCCUUAUCCCCAUUGGGAACUCCUGCGAGAGCGUCACCACGACGGGCCUCAGGUGGAACCUCACUAACCAGGUGCUGAAGUUUGGAACACUCGUCAGUACUUCCAACACCUACGAUGACUCCGGGAUUGUGACCAUUGAGACAGACAAGCCUUUGCUGUGGACAAUGGCUAUCAAAAUAUAAUCAGCUACAGCUGCCUCUUCUGAUCUGACUCAUAUUACUGCAAAAUUUCACAGAAUUAAGACAAUAAAGCUGUUCCAAAAGACACAAGCAGGCACUGGUUUUACGUACUGGACGGAAACCAAGUCCGAAAUAAAAGUCACUGGAAAUCAAAUCAAGAUCAGUAGCAAUAAAUGAGUAUUUCACUCUGGCACCUCACAUUGCUUAAUCAGGACACCCAAUACUGCUUCUCUAUGGUUAGCUCAGACUAUUUUUGCAAAGUAUUUUAUUCCAACACUGAACUAUUUCUUCCCCUUUCUUCCCCUUUUACCAAAAGGAAAUACAGUACACUGCUGCACACAGUAUAACUGUGAUAGCACUAAGAGUAGUUAAUCUCAUUUUCCUGUCCUGGUUUGUAACACAUGUAGGUGCUGGUGAAGGUUUCUCAAGAGUAGUAACUGAACAUUUCUACUUAGGAAACAAGUUUGUGUCCUGAAGAAGCUUCAGUUUUGCUCUAGUACCAAUAUCCAAUUUCCCAGUAUUAAGUGCUUUCAGUCUGUAAUAGAAGUAGCAUUGUAACUUCUGCAAAUACCAGAUGCUUACAAGAAGUUGUUUGGAGUGAAUUAUAAAUCUCUUCAUCUCAAUCUGAGGAGAAAGAGCAUUUAAUCUACCAGAGUUUCUGCAGGCUUAGUAUUUAAAAUCAAAAUACUCAAUCAUUUCAUAAUGGAAACUUCCAGGUCAACAAAUGCUGAGCCCUUUAUUCUACAUGGAGUUGUCUUAUAGAACCAGUACCCCAAUCAGGUGUGUAUCCUAUCCAACAGCACGAGCCAGUUGUCGCUUAGCGGAAGGACUGCCUAGUGUCUCUGACAACUACAUUAACCUCAAACUGUGUACCUCAAUAACCAGGUAAGUUUGGCUUUCUUAAUUAUGCCAUCAGAAUAAGGACUGUCAAUGCAAGUUCCUUUAUUUGAGGAAGGUUUUUUCCAGUCAGGUACAUAAUACAACCUAACAGGACUUCCAAAUGCAGAAAGGAAUUAGGGGUAAUGAUGGUGAUU